AUGGAGAAGUCCGGCUUCGUCUUGGAGCAGAGCCCUCCCUCCCCAGCAGGCUGGCUGGCCGUCCCCUCCUCACUCCUGUGCACAGCAGCAGGCUUGCUGCCAACGUCCCGCCUUCUCUGUCUGCCUCGAGAUUUCCUCCUCUAUCCCCUUCCUCGGGCCUUGGUCUCUUCCUUCUUCGGUGAGAACCACCUGGAGGUGCCUGUGGCUACGGCUCUGACCGACAUAGACCUACAGCUGCGGUUCUCCACGUCCCAGCCCGAAGCCCUCCUUCUCCUGGCAGCAGGCCCAGCUGACCACCUCCUGCUGCAGCUCUACUCUGGACGCCUGCAGGUCAGACUUGUCCUAAGCCAGGAGGAGCUGAGGCUGCAGACCCCAGCGGAGAUGCUGCUGCGUGACUCCGUCCCCCACACUACGGUGCUGACUGUCGUAGAGGGCUGGGCCACAUUGUCAGUCGAUGGGUUUCUGAACGCCUCCUCUGCAGUACCAGGAGCACCCCUAGAGGUCCCCUAUGGGCUCUUUGUUGGGGGCACUGGGAGCUUUGGCCUGCCCUACCUGAGGGGAACCAGCCGACCCCUGAGGGGUUGCCUCCAUGUGGCCACCCUCAAUGGCCGCAGCCUCCUCCAGCCUCUGACCCCCGAUGUGCAUGAGGGCUGCGCUGAAGAGUUUUCUGCCGGUGAUGAUGUGGCCCUGGGCUUCUCUGGGCCGCACUCUCUGGCUGCCUUUCCUGCCUGGGGCACUCAGGAUGAAGGAACCCUAGAGUUUACACUCACCACACAGAGCCAGCAGGCACCCUUGGCCUUCCAGGCAGGGGGCCGGCGUGGGGACUUCAUCUAUGUGGACAUAUUUGAGGGCCACCUGCGGGCCGUGGUGGAGAAGGGCCAGGGUACCGUAUUGCUCCACAACAGUGUGCCUGUGGCCGAUGGGCAGCCCCAUGAGGUCAGUGUCCACAUCAAUGCUCACCGGCUGGAAACCUCUGUGGACCAGUACCCCAUGCAUACUUCAAACCGAGGAGUCCUCAGCUACCCGGUGCCACGUGGCAGUCCCCUUCUUGGAGGACUGGUUGCAGAGUCCUCUUGUCACCUCCAGGAACACCGCCUGGGCCUGACACCAGAGGCCACCAAUGCCUCCCUGCUGGGCUGCAUGGAAGACCUCAGAGUCAAUGGCCAGAGGCGGGGGCUGCGGGAAGCUUUGCUGACGCGCAACAUGGCGGCUGGCUGCAGGCUGGAGGAGGAGGAGUAUGAGGACGAUGCCUAUAGCCAUUAUGAAGCUUUCUCCACCCUGGCCCCCGAGGCUUGGCCAGCCAUGGAGCUGCCUGAGCCAUGCAUGCCUGAGCCAGGGCUGCCUCCUGUCUUUGCCAAUUUCACCCAGCUGCUGACUAUCAGCCCACUGGUGGUGGCCAAGGGGGGCACAGUCUGGCUUGAGUGGUGGCACGUGCAGCCCAUGCCGGACCUGAUGGAGGCUGAGCUGCGCAAAUCCCAGGUGCUGUUCAGCGUGACCUGAGGGGCACGCCACAGCGAGCUCGAGCUGGACAUCCCGGGAGCCCAGGCACGAAAAAUGUUCACCCUCCUGGAUGUGGUGAACCGCAAGGCCCGCUUCAUCCACGAUGGCUCUGAGGACACUUCUGACCAGCUGAUGCUGGAGGUGUCAGUGACAGCUCGGGUGUCCAUGCCCUCAUGCCUGCAGAGGGGCCAAACUUACCUCCUGCCCAUCCAGGUCAACCCUGUCAAUGACCCACCCCACAUCAUCUUUCCACAUGGCAGCCUCAUGGUGAUCCUGGAACACGCACAGAAGCCACUGGGGCCUCAGAUUUUCCAGGCCUAUGACCCGGACUUUGCGUGUGAGGGCCUCACCUUCCAGGUCCUUGGCACCUCCUCUGGCCUCCCCAUGGAGCGCCGAGACCAGCCUGGGGAGCCGGCGACCGAGUUCUCCUGCCAGGAGUUGGAGGCUGGCAGCCUAGUCUAUGUCCACUGCGGUGGCCCUGCACAGGACUUGACAUUCCAGGUCAGCGAUGGACUGCAGGCCAGCCCCCUGGCCACACUGAAGGUGGUGGCCAUCCUGCCGGCCAUACAGAUCCACCGCAGCACAGGGCUGCGCCUGGCCUAAGGCUCUGCCAUGCCCAUCUUGCCUGCCAACCUGUUGGUGGAGACCAAUACCGUGGGGCAGGAUGUGAGCGUGCUGUUCCGUGUCACUGGAGCCCUGCAGUUCGGGGAGCUGCAGAAGCAGGGAGCAGGAGGGGUGGAGGGUGCUGAGUAGUGGGUCACACAGGCGUUCCACCAGCAGGAUGUGGAGCAGGGCCGCAUGAGGUACCUGAGCACCGACCCACAGCACCACGCUGAGGACACCAUGGAGAACCUGGCCCUGGAGGUGCAGGUGGGCCAGGAGAUCCUGAGCAAUCUGUCCUUCCCAGUGACCAUCCAGAGAGCCACCGUGUGGAUGCUGCGGCUGGAGCCACUGCACACUCAGAACACCCAUCAGGAGGCUCUCACCACAGCCCAUCUGGAGGCCACCCUGGAGGAGGCAGACCCAAGCCCCCCAACCUUCCAUUAUGAGAUGAUUCAGGCUCCCAGAAAAAGCAACCUUCAACUACAGGGCGUGAGGCUGUCAGAUGGUCAGGGCUUCACCUAGGAUGACGUACAGGCUGGCCGGGUGACCUAUGGGGCCAUGGCAUGUGCCUUGGAGGCAGUCAAAGACACCUUCUGUUUCCAUGUCACAGCUCCACCAUUCCCCCUGCUCUGUACCCUCUCCAUCCACAUUGGUGAUGACCCAGAUGUGCCCAUCCUCACCAAUGUCCUCCUCGUGGUGCCUGAGGGUGGUGAGGGUGUCCUCUCUGCUGACCACCUCUUUGUCAAGAGUCUCAACAGUGCCAGCUACCUCUAUGAGGUCAUGGAGCGGCCCCGCCAUGGGAGGUUGGCUUGGCGUGGGACACAGGACAAGACCACUAUGGUGACAUCUUUCACCAAUGGAGACCUGUUGCGUGGCUGGCUGGUCUACCAGCAUGAUGAUUCUGAGACCGUGGAAGAUGAUAUCCCAUUUGUUGCUGCCCGCCAGGGUGAGAGCAGUGGUGACAUGGCCUGGGAGGAGGUACGGGGUGUCUUUCGAGUGGCCAUCCAGCCUGUGAAUGACCACGCCCCCGUGCAGACCAUCAGCCAGAUCUUCCAUGUGGCCCGGGGUGGGCGGCGGCUGCUGACUACAGACGACAUGGCCUUCAGGGAUGCUGACUUGGGCUUUGCUGAUGCCCAGCUGGUGCUGACCCGCAAGGACCCCUUUGGCAGUAUCAUGGCCAUGGAUGAGCCCACGCGGCCCAUCUACCGCUUCACCCAGGAGGACCUCAGGAAGAGGCGAGUACUGUUCAUGCACUUGGGUGAUCAUGGCUGGAUCCAGCUGCAGGUGUCCGACGGGCAACACUAGGCCACUGCGCUGCUGGAGGUUCAGGCCUUGGAGCCCUACCUCUGUGUGGCCAACGGCUCCAGCCUUGUGGUCCCUCUAGGAGGCCAGGGCACCAUCGACACAGCCGUGCUCCACUUGGACACCAACCUCGACAUCCGCAAUGGAGAUGAGGUCCACUACCACGUCACAGCCGGCCCUCGCUGGGGACAGCUACUCCGGGCUGGUCAGCCAGCCACUGCCUUCUCCCAGCAGGACCUGCUGGAUGGGGCCGUUCUCUACAGCCACAAUGGCAGUCUCAGCCCCUGCAACACCCUGGUCUUCUCUGUGGAAAUGGGGCCAGUGCACACGGAUGCCACCCUACAAGUGACCAUUGCCCUAGAGGGCCCACUGGCCCCACUGAAGCUGGCCCGGCACAAGAAGAUCUACGUCUUCCAGGGAGAGGCAGCUGAGAUCAGAAGGGACCAGCUGGAGGCAGCCCAGGAGGCAGUGCCGCCGGCAGACAUCAUAUUCUCAGUGAAGAGCCCACCGAGUGCCGGCCAACUGGUGAUGGUGUCGCGUGGCGCCUUGGCAGAUGAGCCACCCAGCCUGGACCCCGUGCAGAGCUUCUCCCAGGAGGCAGUGGACACAGGCAGAGUCCUGUACCUGCACUCCCACCCUGAGGCCUGGAGCGAUGCCUUCUCGCUGGAUGUGGCCUCAGGCCUGGGUGCACCCCUCGAGGGCAUCCGUGUGGAGCUGGAGGUGCUGCCCACUGCCAUCCCACUGGAGGCGCAAAACUUCAGCGUCCCUGAGGGUGGCAGCUUCACCCUGGCCCCUCCACUGCUCCGCGUCGCCGGGCCCUACUUCCCCACUCUCCCGGGCCUCGGCCUGCAGGUGCUGGAGCCACCCCGACAUGGAGCCCUGCAGAAGGAGGACGGACCUCAAGCCAGGACCCUCAGCGCCUUCUCCUGGAGAGAGGUGGAAGAGCAGCUGAUCCGCUACGUGCACAACGGGAGCGAGACACUGACAGACAGUUUUGUCCUGAUGGCUAACGCCUCCGAGAUGGACCGCCAGAGCCAUCCGGUGGCCUUCACUGUCACUCUCCUGCCUGUCAAUGACCAACCCCCCAUCCUCACCACAAACACAGGCCUGCAGAUGUGGGAGGGGGCCACUGCGCCCAUCCCUGCAGAGGCUCUGAGGCACAUGGACAGUGACUCUGGGUCCGAGGAUCUGGUUUAUACCAUCGAGCAGCCCAGCAACGGGUGGGUAGUGCUGCGGGGUGUGCCAGGCACCGAGGUGCGCAGCUUCACACAGGCCCAGCUGAACGGCGGGCUUGUGCUGUUCUCACACAGAGGAUCCCUGGAUGGAGGCAUCUACUUUGGCUUCUCUGAUGACGAGCACACUUCUUCCGGACACUUCUUCUGACUGAUGGCCCAGAAGCAAGUGUUCUUCUUGCUGGAGGGCAGCUGGACACUGACUGUCUGUCCAGGGUCCAUCCAGCCACUCAGCAACCAGAGGCUCAGAGCCAGCUCCAGCGCAGGCACCGACCCCCAGCUCCUGCUCUACAGUGUGGUCUCGGGCCCCCAGCUGGGCCGGCUGUUCACCCAGCAGGGCAGCACAGGGGAAGCCCUGGUGAACUUCACUCAGGCAGAGGAGCUGCCACACUGGCAGGGCAAGUUCAUGUUCCCAGAAGGAGGGAGAAGGAUGCAGGAAGUUAGGGAUACCGGGCCCUAG